CCCUUCAUCACCUGUCCCCUGCUUUAUUCGGAUUCCAUGACUCGUGUGUUCUCGUAAAUUGAGAGCUCCUGGGCUGAGCUGAUUCAGAGAGGACCGAUGCAUACACGAGACUCGGGUGCCGUCCCGCCCACUGCCCCCGCGAUCGCCGUUUCGAGUUGGUGAAGAAGGCGGGAUUCUUGUUCUGUGUGUUGAUCUUGGUCAUGGAUGUGGUCGCCGGGAUUCUCGGCAUCGAGGCCGAGAAAGCUGAGAAUCAGGUGAAACAUUUGAAGGUGCGGGUGUUCGAGUGUCGAGAGCCGAGCUACAAAGCGUUCAAGCUCGGGCUGGCUGCGUGCGUGCUCUUGGCGCUGGCUCAUGCGAUAGGCAACUUGGUGGGGGGAUGCGUUUGCAUUUGGUCCAAGGAGGAUUUGAACAGAGAGACCGCUAACAAGCAAUUAGCCGUGGCCUCUCUCAUUUUCUCUUGGAUAGUUUUGGCAGUCGCAUUCUCGAUGCUGAUGGUGGGGACAUUAUCCAAUUCGAAGUCGAGGAGGACCUGCUGGAUCGCCCACCACCGGCUGCUGUCGAUCGGGGGAGUGCUGUGCUUCAUCCACGGGCUCUUCACGGUUGCAUACUUCGUGUCGGCCGAGGCCACGAGGAAGGAAGACAGGAUGAUGGUUCUUCAACAGAGACAAAGAGCACAAGGACAGGAACAUGCUUAGUUGCUUCGGAUUCGUCUUCUAAAGUUUGCUCCUUUCGUUAGUUUUUUUAUUUCUCCUGUUGUUGCCUGAAUGUUUGGAUUCAGAUCGAAGAACGUUUGAUUGUGAAUGGAUUUUUC